CUUGUUGUUUUGUUUUUCAGAAUGGGACGAUGUCCAAAAUGUCCAAGUUUGAGAUCGAGCUGCCGGUCGUCCCCAAACCGGCCAAACUCAGCCUGUCGGAGAGAGACAUCGCCAUGGCAACCAUUUACGGUCAGCUGUUUGUCAUGUAUCUGAAGCAUCACUCGAGAACAGCCAACAGUCCCAGUGCAGAGGUGGUGCUGUAUCACUUACCCAGGGAGGGUGCGUGUAAGAAGAGUCACGUGUUGAAGCUGAACACGACGGGGAAGUUUGCUCUGAACAUCGUUGACAACCUGGUGGUGGUUCAUCACCAGAGCUCACAGACGUCUCUGAUCUUCGACAUCAAGCUGAAGGAACCGGACUGUGCCGUCAACACACACCAACCUGUCCUACCCGCCCGCUCCAUACACCCCUACAGGAUACCACUGGCAGGUCCGGCAGUGGUUCCCUCUCAGCCUCCGGUUCCCUGUCAGCUCUACUCUUCCUCCUGGAGCGUCUUUCAACCCGACAUCAUCAUCAGUGCCAGUGAAGGUUACCUGUGGUACUUACAGGUGAAGUUGCCUCCGACUGUCAACCUGCUGCAGGACAAAGGAAAACUGAUGGACUUCCUGUUACGACGGAGAGACUGCAAGAUGGUCAUCCUGUCCGUCUGCUCACAGAUCCUGGAGGGCGGGGAGAAGGGGAGUCUUCCUGUUGUGGCGACCGUCUUCGACAAACUCAACCAGGUGUAUAAAGAAUACCUGGAGGCGGAGCAGACCUACACUGUGGCGAUGGAGUCCGGUCAGAGUCGAGGCAGCGCGGCUCAGAAGCGUCCGGUCAGAACUCAGGCGGUCAUCGACCAGUCGGACAUGUACACACACGUCCUGUCGGCGUUCACCGAGAGGAAGGGCGUGUCCCAUAAAUUCGUCAUCGCGGUGCUGAUGGAGUACAUUCGCUCUCUGAACCAGUUCCAGAUCACCGUGCAGCAUUACCUGUACGAGCUGGUGAUAAAGACGUUGGUGCAGCACAACCUCUUCUACAUGCUGCACCAGUUCCUCCAGUAUCACGUCCUCAGCGACUCCAAACCACUGGCCUGUUUGCUUCUUUCUCUGGAGAGCACGUAUCCCCCCGCUCACCAGCUGUCACUGGACAUGCUGAAGCGUCUCUCCACAGCCAACGAUGAGAUCGUCGAGGUUCUUCUGUCGAAGCAGCAGGUUCUGGGCGCGCUCAGAUUCAUCCGCAGCGUCGGCGGCCACGACAACGUGUCGGCCAGGAAGUUUCUGGACGCGGCGCGGCAGACCGGAGACCAGAUGUUGUUCUACACCGUGUUCAGGUCGUUCCAGCAGAGAAACCAGCGGCUCAGAGGAAGUCCCAGCUUCAACCCCGGCGAGCACUGCGAGGAGCACGUCGUUUACUUUAAGCAGCUGUUUGGGGACCAUGCUCUGAUGAAACCCUCGACUGUGUAAACCAGGACCAGGACCAGAAAUACACAAAGACGAUAAACUUACCAGGACGUCAUCGGACUGGAGUGUCCUUCUCCAUCAGUUUGGACUCAGAGGACAUUCAGGAGACAACCUGAUGGGUGAGAAACCAACAUUAAUACGUGAAUAAUAAAAUCUUUAUGAAAGGUCUUGACCACAAAACAAACAGAAUCUGGAGGAAACUUUUACUUUGUACAUUAAACAUGAAUAAUGUGCUUAUUAUGUAUUGGAAUUACUGUAUUACUGGGUACCUAUCAUUAAAUCUUAAACAGACUUAAACAGUGUCACGUAACAUUGGAAAUAAGUUUUAAAGUUCUGGUAAAUGAUACUAAAAACAGAAAUAUAUUUAAAGUGUCUGUAAAUUAUGUAUGUGCCUAUUUAAAUUUUGACAUU